GUCAUUACGUCACUCUGCAUCCGAACCUAGACCAGUCGCAGCCAUUUUACUCCGCGAAAUAAACUUCAAUCACACAGCUAGAGGAAAAAAAAACUAAAUACACAAGAUACUUUCGCUGACAUUCAUGGAUAUGUCAUCCUAAACAAGACCUCGGACAGAUUCGGGGUUCAAGUCUUUGCAAUUCGGUUUGACUCCAUGGCUUAGUGUGACUCUUGACAGCAACUAGCCCGGGCGUCUCUCUCCGCUCUCCCCUGCUGUCCUCUGCCACUACAGGUAGCAGCGAGACACAACCAAAGGGACGGUGACCAGAACCCCCUGUUACUGGCCUCCCCUCCUGAGGCAAGAUGGAGCUCCAGGCGUCUCACGGGCAGCUAGGAGCAGAGGGGGAUUGCGAGAUGUCGAGUCUGCUGUUGGCCAGUCCCCAGAGCGAGGCGGUGACCCAUGAGCUGGAGGAGCUGUCGCUGCAGCCACUGCCUCCACUCAACGAACGGAAAAAUGUCUUGCAGUUGAGGCUUCAGCAAAGGCGAACCCGGGAGCAGCUGGUGGAACAGGGCAUCAUGCCACCUCUGAAGAGCCCAGCAGCUUUCCAUGGGCAGAUCCGGAGCUUGGAGAGAGCCAGGACCGAGAAUUUCCUCAAGCACAAGAUCCGCAGCCGUCCAGAGAGAGCAGAGCUGGUCAGGAUGCACAUCCUGCAAGAGACCGGAGCAGAACCCUCACUACAGGCCACCCAGAUGAGACUAAAGAGGGCCCGGCUGGCCGACAACCUGAACGAGAUGUUAGCCCAGAGACCCGGCCCCAUGGAGCUGGUGGAGAAAAACAUCCUGCCUGUGGAUUCCAGCGUUAAACAGGCCAUCAUUGUGGGUCAGGUGAAUUAUCCCAAAGUGUUGGAUGAAGACAGCAGCGAUGCCCUGUCACCAGAGCAGCCGGCCAGCCAGGAGUCUCAGAAUUCUGUCCCCUCUCCCGUAGAGAACAAAGUGCCAGAGAUGCCCUCUCCAGCCCCAGCACCACCACCACCACCACCAGUGCUGCAGGCCUUCCCAAGUGCUUCACAAGCAGCAACGGACUUUAUGAAAGCGAUGUCUACCAUUGAGCAGCCUGCCAGCCGCCCAGCCCUCACUCCUGCGCAGCCAUUCACCACAGGUGCUCCUUCCAAACCAGGCCCAACACUGGUGAAACAAAGCCAGCAGAAGUUUCCCUCAGAGAAGAGCCGCAGUAAGAAGAGCAAAGAGCCCAAGUCCAGGGUGAAAAAGCUCAAGUACCACCAGUAUGUUCCCCCAGACCAGAAGCAGGAGGCCAGUGAAGCACCCAUGGACUCCUCUUAUGCCCGACUGCUGCAGCAACAGCAGUUGUUCCUUCAGCUGCAGAUCCUUAGCCAGCAGCAGCAGCACUACAACUACCAGACUAUAUUACCAGCACCACUAAAGCCUGUGGCCGAGGGUCAGAGCAGCAGCGCCGGCAGCCUGCCAACCUCAAUCGUGGUGUCUUUGCCCGCCGCUCCUCCACCUCCCCCCGUGACUCCAGCUCCGGUUCGUCCAAACAACUCGCUCUCGAACCGCAAGCCAGGAGUGUUGCCUGCCAACCUGGAGGAGAUGAAGGUGGCUGAGCUAAAACUGGAGCUAAAGCUGCGUGGCCUCCCAGUGUCAGGAACAAAGACCGAUCUGAUAGAAAAACUGAAGCCUUUCCAGGACAAUCACUGCACCUCUGCUCCUACCACCACCCCCUUCUCCUCCAUGCCCAUGGAGGUCACCACCACCACCACCACUACAACCCCUGCUAUAGUUUUUCCAGUCCAGCAAGUUGCUUCAGAGAGCAUUAACCCCACACCGCCGGUCUCACCCAUUCCCACUGAUCGCUCCACCCUCCAGCAGGAUGCACCUCUCCCGUCUUUCCACGUCCCGGAGGAAAAGGACAGGCGGCUCCAUGAGAAGGAGCAGCAGAUAGUGGAGUUGAUGAGGAAGCUGGAGCAGGAGCAGAGGUUGGUGGAGGAGCUGAAGAUGCAGCUGGAGGUGGAGAAGAGAGGCCAGGGUGGCUGCACCGCUGACUCUGCCUCUGUGUCUCCCAAACUCACUUCUGUACCUGCCAUGAAUCCUGUUCCCACCGUCCUGAACUCAAACGUAAUAAAAAUGGAGGGUGCGGUGUUGUCGAACUGUUCAUCCACUACACAUGCAAUCCCCAACUGUAUCCUGGGCUCGCAGACUCUCUCUCCCCUGCCAACAGUGGUCAAGUUGGAGGAUGUGACUGUUUCUUCUGUCAAACCGCUCCAGCUCCAGACCCAAACCCAGCUCAUCAACCAGAUCCAGCCCCAAACCCAGCCCCAAAUAACCAACAGCCCACAGAUACGCUCCCCAUCACAGAGAAGUCCCAAGGUUCAGACCCAGCCACAGUCCCAACCUGCAGCCCCCAGCUUGCAGCAGUUCUUCAUCAGCCACCCAGGUGGGGUGUCCCAGGUGCUGGGUCAGCCUCAGACCUUGUUAACCCCGACUGGCCAGGCUGGGAGGAUCCUCCUCCCAGUCUCGCUACCCAAAAACGCUACUGCAAUCCAGCUGCCAAGCUCCACUGUCAGCCUGCAGCCUGUUCUUCAGGCCACAGUCUCAAAUCCAGGCCUGGUCCAGGCCUCAGUUCCUCAGCUGCAAACCACUAAGCUGGAGACGGCACCCAGCCAGCAGUUAACCAACCACAACCCAUUGCUACAGACUCUGACUAUGUGCAAUAACACUACUGGCUUGGAGAACCAGACUAGGCCUGAGAUGAAUCCCCAGUGUUUCCUGAGAAGCUCACCAGAGAACAGGGUCUCUCCACGGGCUUCACCCAACCACAACAUCUCCAACGGACCCCACAAUAAGUCUCCUUCUCCCCAGCCUACCUUCAUCCUUCAGCCCACCUCCCUUGUUACUCAGCCUCACAAGACAAGAGAGCCUCCCCGCUACGAGGACGCCAUCAAACAGAGCCGCAACUUGCACAUCAACAAUGUUUCACAGGUUCCCACGGCAACCAGCCAGCAAAUGGAUGACUUGUUUGACAUCCUUAUACAGAGUGGAGAAAUCACUCCAUUUAUCCAGCAGGACCCCCAUGUGUCUCUCACUAAGACGAUCCCAGUCACAGCGAGCAUCUCCACCCUGCCGGUCAACACCGCUCUCUCCAGGCCGCCUCCACAGAUCCAGGUGGCUCCUCCGCCCACCCUGAGCCCCAUCAUGGACCACGGCCUGCCCAGCCUCUCCUCGCUGGCCACAGACAAUCAGCUGGAAGCCUUUCUGGAGAACACACUGGCUGAAACGGCGCCAGCGUCAGACCCGCGCACACAGGGCCUGAUGGAGGAGCUGCAGGCCCAGCUGAUGGAGCAACAGCCCUACUCUCCCAUGGACACAUCAGACCUGUCCUUCUGUGAUUCUUCCUCGCCCUCCUCGCUCAACAUGGGUCUGUCUGACCCAGGCCUGGACAACAUGGAGUGGCUGGACCUCACCAUGCCGCCAGGUCCUGCUGGCGCACUCACACCACUGGGGAUCCCAACGGACUUCCUGGAUACACAAGACCUGCAGCUGCACUGGGACUGACCGAGGGGUGGAUGACAGAAAAAGAAAGCCGGUCUGUCCAGGGAGUUGGCAGAGCAGGUCAGUCAGGAGUGAGAGAUGGAUGGAUAAAGAGAAGAAGAAAGGGAUUGGCAGCCACAAAGAGGUUACAUUCUAACAUGUUAAAUAAGGAGAACAGAUGGCAUUUCUGUGCCAUACCACUCUCACCAGUACAUCCAAACCAUCUGUAAUAUUCCCACUAUACUACAGUAAGAGAUGCUGUACAGGCAGUGCACUGAUUCAAGUUGAACUACAAGCAGGAGUUUGCACAGCUUUAAAAGACGGCCACUAAUGGCUGAACAACCACAAUAACGUCGUCACUAAGGUGAUUGUGGUCACCCAUCGCUUUAGUGAUGAAGAUUUUAAGCAGGCUAGACUUUGACAGCGUCUGAUGCGUCAUGAUUUUAAUGAUCGCCUGAUUACAGAGACGAAGAGACGGAGCCAAACGAACACUGGUCGCUCGGACUGUUUGUAAAUACUCUUUAAAUCACACUAAUACAGCUUAACUUUUCCCUUCUUUUUAUUUCUACUGGAGGUUUGGCCGGUUGCGAACACAGUGUUUAUUUUAUUAUGUAACCACAGUAACUCAAUGUAAAAGGGUGGAGGUGGUGUGAUGCGUAGGCGUUUGUUCCACUGAAGCAUACCGUGCCAUCCUAGGUCAUGAAAGCUGGUCGUUACAACACAAUAACCGUGUCGCUCUUAAUGACAGCUCACAGACUCCAGAUGAAAUCUAGUCGUAAUAAACAUAAAGUUAUAUUAGAUUCUCAAUAAAAAUUCCUACGAGGCUCGGCCUGGGACAUGAAUGCGUCAUGGUGUCAGUACAGACUCGGCCACUAAGCACUUCACCCGGGGAAGCUUAGACUAAACCGGUCUAAGCAGUUUGUUUCCUUUUGUGAUUGGAAGCCAGACGUGCCCAGUCGGUCACUGAGCUAAGUUUUCAAGGGAUUUCUAACCAAGAGGAGGCCAAUCCUCUGUUCACACUGGUCCAGUCUACCACUUACUGUAUGUUACUCGUUUGCUGACUAAUCUGACUCGUUGUGUCAGAUGUGACUGUUUUCUCCUGACCUAUCGCGACCCCCGCGGUCAAGCUGAUGAACCAAUGACUGUAAAGAACAAAGACGUCAGUCUGAUGACGAGAGGAGGAAGCUCCUCAAUCUGUGUGAGAGCUAUGCACUUAAGAGGCGGCGAGAUCUGGCGAUGCGCCUUAUUCACCUCAAAUCAAGGAAAUGUGAACUUUGCAUAUCCAAAGUGAUCGUUGCUAUGAAGUGAUCAAUACGAUUGUGAUCAACAUAAAGAUCGUGUGGCCAAUAGCUCCAGAGAUACUGCGGUUGUUGUCUGGGUAUCUUAUUUUGAAUGUAAUUUUGAAAAAUGGGACUUCACUCACAAAGUUGGCAGCUUUUUUUUUUCUUCUUCCAAUAGUAAACUGACUAAUAAAACGGUGGAAAGGGAACAAAUAUCAGUUUAUUAGACAUGCAGACAAACAUCCAGAAUAGGUGUGAAGUGCAAGUUAUAUCAAGGAAUAAAGAUGUCUUUGGAGGAGAUUAGCUUUAUAGCUAGCUGUGUGUGUGUGUGUGUGUGCGCGUGUGUGUGUGUGUGCAUGCGCGCGCGUGCGUGCGCCUGUUACCACAAUUUGGACGAAUCACAAUAUUCUAAGGUAAGACUGGUGAAAUAGUCUAACUUGUGAUGCAUCAGCUACUGUGGCCUGUAGCCAAAGUUAGUUUCCUGACCAAGUGGGCAGAAGCAGGCAAGUGUGUGUACGUGUGAAGAUUUGUCUUCCCGUCUUUUGCAUGUCCACCCGUGUCUCUGUGUGCAUGAUUGUAUUCACGUUUAAUCUCGAGCUGUUUCCAGCUCUUUUCUCAGCCGGUCGCCCACAAGUUGUCUGAAGAAAUUUUGAUGAUAUCAAUGAAAUCAAAUCAUCUGACAUAUUCAAAACUUCCCUCUUCAAAAAGCUUCUGAUGACUGUUUACUGUUUUUAUCUGUUGUUCAGUUGGUGUCCUAUAGUCCAAAAUGCACAGACACCUUUAAGGUGUGAUACACAGUGAAGAGGGCUUAGCUACUUUUAAAGCUGUCAUAAAUUCCAGAUGUUUAUUUUUAACAGAUUGCAUCAUGUCCCACUUGCUGUUUCUUUUUAAGCCUAAGUAUUGAGUUACUGGUUUAGUAUCUCAGUUUAGGAUGUUGUUCUGGGAUUGAAGCAGUCUUACUGUAUGGCACUUUAAUAUAAGAUUCCUUUUAUAAUUGUCUUUUCUUCUUUUCUUUUUUUUUUAUUGUCAUGUCCAGUUAAAUCACAUUUUCAGUACAUUUUAACCACUUAAAUCUGUCAUUACGUCCAUUGGCACUAGAGGGCGCCUCCUCUCUUCUGUUGUGGCACAUUUUCAGGGGCAUUUAUAGCAGGAACAAAAUUUAAAAUGGGGCUUUUUUCUUCUUCUUGUGUUUUUAAAUGUAUUUUCUGCCUGUGUAAUGCUGAAUUGCUGUGUUCAUCAGCAAUACUUUGGAGCCCUUUAUGUCAACACUGUCUUGUCAAAGAAGUACGAUGCUCUUACUGCUGCAGUUACACCUUUAUCAUCAGAUCAGAUGGAUGCACCCAAAUCCAAAACAUUUGACCACCUAAAAGUGUUGCGCCAAAUACUGCACAGACCCUGGGCUGUGCAGUAUUUGGAGCUUUUUUUUUUUUUCUUCUUACAAACAAACUCAAGUUAAACCACCUGUUUAAUCCCCAUUCUCACCUCAUUCUCCUGGGCACCCCUGGUUUUGGCACCGUUGGUUAAGUUCCAUUGGGUUGCUCGGUCUAGUUGUAUUUCUUUUGUGUUAAUCCUACAUAUGAUGAACAGUAACAUAUCUAGUUGAUUCCUGUGUGUCCUCAAAGAAAUGACAAGAUAAUAGUUUUUUUUUCCUCUCCAGUCUGACACCUUUUUAAGGCUGUCAAAUUUGAUAUUUUAUUGCCAAAAAAGGCAGUGGAACAUAUUAUCACAUUUACUUUAUUUUCUCACGUUUUUGUAUGCAUCACUUUUUUUUUUUUUUUUUUUUUUAGGUGAAAAGAAAAAUCAUUUAAUCUUUUUUUCAGUUAAUGUAAAAAUCUGUUGAGGAUUUCAUGUGUAUAUUUUUGGUUUGCGGAGUUUCUCUUUCAUAUUUUUCAUAUCAGACAUGCACACACCUCUUGGCUGCAGUAAAUCUACACAUGUAUGCGAUUUACGCUCGAUGUGACACCACUUAACGUUGGCAAUUGUGGUUGGUGACUGGCAAGACAGGGACAGCUGAAAACAAUAAUGGCUGCUCUCCCUUGAUAUACUGUACUGUACAGUUAGUCAGAUCCUGCCUUGAUUUUUAUCAUUGUACCAACCUCUACUACAGAGUAAUACAGUUUAUAAGGUAAUUUAUAAGUUCAGAAGCACUUAAUAUCGGAGUGGUGGUUUGAAUAACUCUUAAUUUAGAGGUUUGUGGAGGCAGAGUCAAUCUGAAGAAUGCCUGAAGGGUUCCGUCAACUUCUCUACUUUUAUAGUGGAGGGUAACAGGCGUUGGUUCGGGCUUCCCCAUAUUGACUUCACCUUGUCCUCAUUCACCUGCAGUUUAUCGUCAUGUAAACAUUGUACAUGUUUUGGUGGAGAAGACGUUUCAUUAAAAAAUAUAUUUUGGGGAAAUGUACAUCUUUCAUUUUAGCCGAUUCUCCUCUCCAUCUCCACCUGCCAUGCCGCUUGUUUGUAUGCCAUAUGUUUUGCACAUUGUGUACAUAUUUAUAUAGAUGUAAUGCAUAUUUUUCUACAUGUGUAACAUCCAUGGGUUCAUUUUGUAAAUACUCCAAAAGAUGUAUAUGAGUACUGUAUGCCUUUUAUGUGUCAAUAAAAUUUGGUGUACUGUGAA